AUGGAUUCAAAGGACAAUCAGGCGGAGAAAAGAUCGACUGGUGCCCCUCAAAAUAAAACCAUGACAUCAGAGCUCAAAACAAAGGAUUCACAGUCAGCUGCUAAAUCUUCAGCCCAAGGUCAAUCUAGCAGUCCAGAAAAUGCCACCAAGCCAUCACUGCAGAUUUUACUCAACACUUUUACAGUAAAAAAUGGAGAAGAUAUUAAAAUAGAGAUCCCUGUAGCAGGACAACCUGCACCAAAGAUUGAAUGGAGAAAAUGUGAUCAGGCCGUCAAAGAAACAUCCAGACUCAUGAUCGUAAACAAGCCGACAAUGACACUUCUUCAUGUACGACACGCAGCCAGAGAGCACUCAGGGCAGUAUUCUAUUGAAGUCAGUAACAGUGCUGGAAAACACACUGGAGAGAUUAGUUUAGUUGUCCUGGAAAAACCCAAUGCUCCAGUGGGACCAGUGAGGAUUGAUGAAGUUAGCUCGGACUACAUCGUUUUCUCAUGGGGGCCCCCGGAGUACACGGGAGGAUGUCAGCUGGACAAUUAUGUGGUGGAAAAACGUGACACUUCAAGCAUGGAUUGGCAAACCGUGUCUGCAACCACAGUUCGAACCACUAUCAAAGCUUCAAAGCUGAAGACAGGCAGUGAAUACCAGUUCAGAGUGUUUGCCGAAAAUAGAUACGGAAAAAGACUCACAGAAGGACACUCCUAUCAGUUCAGAGUUUGUGCAGAAAACGCUGCUGGUGUAGGUACCCCAAGUGAGCCCAGCGACUAUAUCAAGAAUCACAGGCGAAAACGAAUAUGGGAUUGGAGUACCGGCGGAAACGAAGGAAGGAGUAAAAUUAACAGAUCCUACAGAUUGGGAGACAAAUGCCGGUGCAUAGCUCACUCAGAAAAAGAUGACAACUAUUGA